AAUUGGAGGAGACCAUUGACCACAGCACAACAAACACACUACCAUCCAUCCAAAAUCUUCUCCAUUCUUCCUCACACCAUCCAUGGCUGCAGCAUCUUCUCUUCCCCACUACUCUCUCGCUCUUUACCCUUCUCUGUCUCACUCUUCUCUUGUUCCAACCACACCUCGCUUCCCUAUACGAAGUCGUUUCUUGGGUCAUGGACAUCGCAGGAGAACCCUUUCUUUGAAGUCAUCAUCAGCUGGGGAUGGUGUCUCUGCAGUGGUAGAGCCUCCACCACCGCCCCCACCUCCACCAGAGCCUAAAAAUGAGCUCAUACCCAACUUAAAACUCAAGUUAUUGAGUGGUGUGAGUGGAGUAAAUAGAGGGCUUGCAGCAAGUGAGGAUGAUCUUGGUAAGGCAGAAGAGGCUGCAAGAGAGCUUGAAGCAGCUGGAGGAACAGUAGAUUUGUCUAAAGAUAUUGAUAAAUUGCAAGGAAGAUGGAAACUCAUAUACAGCAGUGCCUUUUCAUCUAAGACUCUUGGUGGGAGUCGUCCUGGUCCUCCCACUGGAAGAUUACUCCCAAUAACUCUUGGCCAGGUAUUUCAGCGUAUAGAUAUCUUUAGCAGGGACUUUGAUAACAUAGUAGAGCUUGAAUUAGGUGCCCCUUGGCCUUUGCCACCUAUUGAAGUUACUGCCACAUUAGCACAUAAAUUUGAACUCAUAGGAUCUUCAAAGAUACAAAUUACAUUUGAGAAAACAACAGUAAAAGCAAGAGGGAAUCUGUCUCAACUUCCACCAUUGGAGUUACCAAGGAUUCCAGAUGUAUUAAGGGGUCAGUCUAAUUCUAGUCCAGGGAGUGGUGAAUUUGAAGUUACUUAUAUGGAUGAUAAUAUGAGAGUUACUAGAGGAGACAGAGGGGAACUAAGGGUGUUUGUGGUAUCUUAAUCUUCAUUAAUUACUACUUUUACAUUUAUAUAUCUCAUCAUUUCAUUCUUUUUUAUGAUCCCUUUCUUAUUAUGGUUGAUUAUUCACAACCAUGAAAAUGGAAAUGGACAGAAUUAAACUGUGUUCAAAUUAUACAUAUAUAAUGAUGAGCAAAGUCUUGUACUUGUAUACUUGUAAAUUUAAACGUUUUUGAAAUAUAUUGACAAAUUCAAUAAUGCAAUUAUUAUUAUUAUCAUCAA